AUGUCGGUCUCCUCCACUUUGUGCACGCUUUCUAGAGGGCCCGAUGUGGUGGCACAACCCACUAUAGCCAUACCGCGACCGUUAGCACCAACGCCAAGAAUCGCGACGCCGACGUCACGGCUUCAGAAGCCGACAACGGCGUUGAAGCGGCCACCGCUUGGUGCUGAUCCAAUUGAGAUACUGUUGGGUGAGACCCCACAACCUCAUCAGCGGAAGCGAGAAUGUCUGGAUCACUUGACACACGAACAGAAAAUGAACAGAAGGAAAAUGAAGAAUAGGAUUGCCGCACAAACUGCUAGAGAUAGAAAGAAGCGCUUGGAAGAUGUAGUCCGAGAACUACUGGAACAAAAUGAAGCACUCAAGCAAGAGAAUGGACUUCUUCGACUCGAGAACCAGGAACUAACCGAGCAAAAUAACAACCUCAUGCGCAGGCUAAGCGCUCUUGAAGAUGUCCAAUGUGAAAUAAAUCCACGCCAAUCUACUGUCAUCUAUGAAGAGGUGCCUGAGAUGGUGCCGGAGACGAGUGGGGCUGCUGUUGAAUCUGCCGCAUUCAUUAGUGGACCCCUGCCGAGGGUACAGGUUGUCCCACUCUAUCUCCUGUUUCAUCUCAUGGUCAACCUCCUAUUGGUGUCAGAUGAGCUCGAAAAAAUCCUCUCUGACUUCUCGGAUGAGUUCGAUCUCGACCGGCUUGUCGAGCAACUACCAGAAGAAGAGCGUACGCAGCAACACAUCGUGCAGCCAGGCGUUAGCACUGAGCCGAUGUGCCCCCAACCACCUUGCCCUUCUUCCGGAAGUGCGUCACCAGUGGAUGCGAGUAUCUUGAGUGCUUCCAGGUGAGU